AUGUCAGGUCUGGCAUAUUCCCAAAAGGAGCUCAACAAACCAAUCAAACAGGUAUUGAUUUUGAAUUUGGAAAGGAAAGCCAUCAUGGUAUUUAACAUGACAUUUGUUCGCCCUGCAAAUUUUUACCUGAGUGGCUUUUCCAACAUCCCUCAUACUAACUUUUACUAUGUUUUCUUAUGUUUUGUUUACAUUGUUACUGUUCUUGGAAAUGUUUUUCUUCUCUUUGUCAUCUUUCUGGUAAAGUCUCUUCAUACUCCUAAAUACAUGAUUGUGUUCCACUUGGCUUUGACAGAUCUGUGUGGCAGCACAGCUCUCAUCCCAAAAGUCUUGGAUACAUUUCUGUUUGACAGGAGGUACAUUGUCUAUGAGGCUUGUUUAAGUUACAUGUUCUUUGUUUUUCUAUUUGGAAGUUUGCAAUCAUGGACACUUGUAAUCAUGGCAUAUGACAGACUUAUAGCAAUUUAUGUCCCUCUGAGGUACCACAGUAUUGUUACUAAAAAGUCUAUUGCUGCAAUGUUGCUGUUUUCAUGGGUGUUUUUGUUGAGCCUGAUAACAUGUUUGGUUGAUCUAAUUGAUCGCCUUUCUUUCUGUGGAUCUUUAGUGGUGCAAAGUUUUUACUGUGAUCAUGGGCCGAUAUAUCGUCUGGCCUGCAAUGAUACAAUGUUAAAUAGUAUAAUGGCAUAUGUUACAAUUACUGUAGUCAUCUGCAUUCCUCUUAUACUGAUAGCUAUAACUUAUGUUUGUAUUUCCAUAGCACUGAGCAGGAUUGCAUCUAAAGAGGAACGACUCAGGGCAUUGAAAACUUGCACAUCUCACCUGAUUCUUAUUGCUAUUUUCUGCCUACCAUUGCUGUACACCAAUAUAGCUGCAUUGGCUUCAUACAUCCAUCCAAAUACCAGAAUCAUAAAUUCCUCUUUGACACACACCCUUCCAGCUUUGCUCAAUCCUAUUAUAUACUCUUUAAAGACAGAAGAAGUUUUGAAUGCUAUUAAAAAGCUUUGGAAAAGACAUCACCUUUGUAACAUAGUUUCAAAAUGA